AUGAAGGGGGUGGUGGACCGGUUCUCUGAGGAGUUUGUAGAGACGAGGAGGAAGGCUCUGGAUAAGUUCCUGAAGAGAGUGGCUGACCAUCCUGUCCUGUCGUUCAACCAACACCUCAACGCCUUCCUCUCUACCAAGGUAUGUUAUAGGCUUGGGCAGUAUACCGUAUAUAUACCCUAUACCGGGGUAUUUUGAAACAGCCACGGGAUAAUUUUUCAAUAACGUCAAUACUGCCAUUUGAAUUUUUUAUUAUUUUUUUAAAUACAUUUUAAUACACUGCUCAAAAAAAUAAAGGGAACACUUAAACAACACAAUGUAACUCCAAGUCAAUCACACUUCUGUGAAAUCAAACUGUCCACUUAGGAAGCAACACUGAUUGACAAUAAAUUUCACAUGCUGUUGUGCAAAUGGAAUAGACAACAGGUGGAAAUUAUAGGCAAUUAGCAAGACACCCCCAAUAAAGGACUGGUUUUGCAGGUGGUGACCACAGACCACUUCUCAGUUCCUAUGCUUCCUGGCUGAUGUUUUGGUCACUUUUGAAUGCUGGCGGUGCUUUCACUCUAGUGGUAGCAUGAGACGGAGUCUACAACCCACACAAGUGGCUCAGGUAGUGCAGCUCAUCCAGGAUGGCACAUCAAUGCGAGCUGUGGCAAGAAGGUUUGCUGUGUCUGUCAGCGUAGUGUCCAGAGCAUGGAGGCGCCACCAGGAGACAGGCCGGUACAUCAGGAGACGUGGAGGAGGCCGUAGGAGGGCAACAACCCAGCAGCAGGACCGCUACCGCCACCUUUGUGCAAGGAGGAGCAGGAGGAGCACUGCCAGAGCCCUGCAAAAUGACCUCCAGCAGGCCACAAAUGUGCAUUUGUCUGCUCAAACGGUCAGAAACAGACUCCAUGAGGGUGGUAUGAGGGCCCGACGUCCACAGGUGGGGGUUGUGCUUACAGCCCAACACCGUGCAGGACGUUUGGCAUUUGCCAGAGAACACCAAGAUUGGCAAAUUCGCCACUGGCACCUUGUGCUCUUCACAGAUGAAAGCAGGUUCACACUGAGCACACGUGACAGACGUGACAGAGUCUGGAGACGCCAUGGAGAACGUUCUGCUGCCUGCAACAUCCUCCAGCAUGACCGGUUUGGCGGUGGGUCAGUCAUGGUGUGGGGUGGCAUUUCUUUGGGGGGCCGCACAGCCCUCCAUGUGCUCGCCAGAGGUAGCCUGACUGCCAUUAGGUACCGAGAUGAGAUCCUCAGACCCCUUGUGAGACCAUAUGCUGGUGCAGUUGGCCCUGGGUUCCUCCUAAUGCAAGACAAUGCUAGACCUCAUGUGGCUGGAGUGUGUCAGCAGUUCCUGCAAGAGGAAGGCAUUGAUGCUAUGGACUGGCCUGCCUGUUACCCAGACCUGAAUCCAAUUGAGCACAUCUGGGACAUCAUGUCUCGCUCCAUCCACCAACGCCACGUUGCACCACAGACUGUCCAGGAGUUGGCGGAUGCUUUAGUCCAGGUCUGGGAGGAGAUCCCUCAGGAGACCAUCCGCCACCUCAUCAGGAGCAUGCCCAGGCGUUGUAGGGAGGUCAUACAGGCACGUGGAGGCCACACACACUACUGAGCCUCAUUUUGACUUGUUUUAAGGACAUUACAUCAAAGUUGGAUCAGCCUGUAGUGUGGUUUUCCACUUUAAUUUUGAGGGUGACUCCAAAUCCAGACCUCCAUGGGGUUGAUAAAUUUGAUUUCCAUUGAUAAUUUUUGUGUGAUUUUGUUGUCAGCACAUUCAACUAUGUAAAGAAAAAAGUAUUUAAUAAGAUUAUUUCAUUCAUUCAGAUCUAGGAUGUGUUAUUUUAGUGUUCCCUUUAUUUUUUUGAGCAGUGUAUAUAUGUUUACAUGACUUAUUUGAUUGAUUUCCAUUUUAUAAGUCAGAAGACAGCCAUCCAGACCUUCCUAGGACCAUGUAAAGGUCCUCUGUCGAAUAAACGUGUAUUUGCCUCCCUCUGGUGGUCGGCUGCAUCAUUACAUCAAUUUGUGUCACCAGUGCAAUAUUUUUAUGUUCCUGUAGCGGAUCGCCUGCGCCUCAUUUCACAUUCAUAAACCAUGUCGUGGGCCGUUCUGAAACUACUCACACAUCAACGUUGUUAACCAUUUGUUGACACUCUGUUCAGUCCUGUUACCUCAUUGGCUAGCUAGUUACCAUUCUGGUAUCUUGACCAGUACAUGUAAACAUUCAGGGACACAGACAGAAAGGAAAAAGGGAUAUCUUCUUCAGGAGAUCAAUGAUCAUAGCUGAAUCAUGAAUGAAUGACUGAUGUCUUGCAUGUCAUCAUCACAAACCUGACGUUUUUUAAAGAGACAGUGUAACAUUUUCUAUGUAAUGCAUCUCAAUAGGAUAUUAGUGCUUUUACACAACGUAUUCGUAUCAACAUUUUAGCUUUUAUAAUAAAUUAAUGUAUUUACAUAUUCGUUUCUGGGGCACAACGUGCUUCAAAAGUAGCUAGAAUAUUUCAUAUAGGCCCAACAUAGCUGUAUCUAAAUCAAUUUAAAAAAUCAUAUUUUCUGCUGCUCCUAAGUUUCAUGUGGUGCUCCUAACUUUUUAAAGUUAGGAGCACCAGUGCUACCAAUGAAAAUGUUUAAUUUAUAGCCCUGUCUGCAAUUAACUUGUGCAAUACUUUAGAAGAUAAAGCACAUCGCGUUCUUCAUUUCACCCGUCACAUUAUUUUUCAUUAUGAAUCUUACCGGUAGUCCCCGGUCACAUGGUGUGUGUUAGGGAUUAACAUGGGUAACCGGGAUCCUGCGAUUCCCCCAUCAACACUUCACUUUUACUGAAAAAAAAUGGAAUGACAAGACCCGGGAAAUUACAACAUUUUCCCCCAACAUGAGCAGCAUUAGAUUAGCAAAAACUAAAAUAGCACAUUAUCCAUGGAAGACUUUAGCCUAAUGUUUUUACUUCACACUAAGUCGCCAUGAAUUCAAAGCUUUAUUGACACUGCACACACGACCCGAAUAAAUGCUUCACGGAGUUCAAGUAACAGACACAUCUUCAAUUUGGAGAUUUUUGGUCCAAAUGAGAGAUUUUUGGUUCCAACCGCCGUGUCUUUGUGAGACGCGGUGUGGGUGAACGGAUGAUCUCUGCAUUUGUAUUUCCCACCAUAAAGCAUGGAGGAGGUGGUGUGAUGGUGUGGGGGUGCUUUGCUGGUGACACUGUCUGUGAUUUAUUUAGAAUUCAAGGCACGCUUAACCAGUAUGGCUACCACAGCAUUCUGCAGCGAUACGCCAUCCCAUCUGGUUUGGGCUUAGUGGGACUAUCAUUUGUUUUUCAACAGGGCAAUGACCCAACACACCUCCAGGCUGCGUAAGGGCUAUUUCACUGUUCUGCAGCACGAAUUCACAGCUAAAUGUUUUCCAGCUAGAUGCACUACAUUACCAAAAGUAUGUGGACACCUAAUCGUCGAACAUCUCAUUCCAAUAUCAUGGCCAUUAAUAUGGAGUUGGCCCCCCCCCCUUUGGCUGCUAUAACAGCCUCCACUCUUCUGGGAAGGCUUUCCACUAGAUGUUGGAACAUUGCUGCGAGGACUUGCUUCCAUUCAGCCAAAAGCGCAUUAGUGAGGUCGGGCACUGAUGUUGGGCGAUUAGGCCUGGCUCGCAGUCGGCGUUCCAAUUCAUCCCAAAGGUGUUCGAUGGGGUUGAGGUCAGGGCUCUGUGCAGGCCAGUCAAGUUCUUCCACACACAAACUAUUCUGUAUGGACCCCGCUUUGUGCACGGAGGCAUUGUCAUGCUGAAACAGGGAAGGGCCUUCCCCAAACUGUUGCCACAAAGUUGGAAGCACAGAAUUGUCUAGAAUGUCAUUGUAUGCUGUAGCGUUAAGAUUUCCCUUCACUGGAAAUAAGGGGCCUAGCCCGAACCAUGAAAAACAGCCCCAGACCAUUAUUCCUUCUUCACUAAAUUUUACAGUUGGCACUAUGGUAGCAUUCUCCUGGCAUUCGCCAAACCCAGAUUCGUCCGUCGGACUGCCAGAUGGUGAAACGUGAUUCAUCACUCCAGAGAAUGCGUUUCCGCUGCUCCAGAGUCCAAUGGUGGAGAGCUUUACACCACUCCAGCCGACGCUUGGCAUUGCGCAUAGUGAUCUUAGGCUUGAAGCGGCUGCUCGGCCAUCGAAACCCAUUUCAUGAAGCUUCCGACGAACAGUUAUUGUGCUGACGUUGCAGUUUGGAACUCAGAAGUGAGUGUUGCAACCGAGGACAGCCGAUUUUUACUUGCUUCAGCACUCGUCGGUCCUCUUCUGUGGCCUACCGUUUCGCAGCUGAGCCGUUGUUGCUCCUAGACGUUUCCACUUCACAAUAACAGCACUUAGUUGACCGGGGCAGCUCUAGGAGGGCAGACAUUUGACGAACUGACUUGUUGGAAAGGUGGCAUCCUAUGACGGUGCCACGUUGAAAGUCACUGAGCUCUUCAGUAAGGCCAUUCUACUGCCAAUGUUUUUCUAUGGAGAUUGCAUGGCGGUGUGCUCGAUUUUAUACACCCGUCAGCAACGGGUGUGGCUGAAAUAGGGGUGUCCACAUACUCGAUAUUCUGGAUGCAGUAAUUGCAAAAUUACUGCAGUAAAAAAAACGAAUUUUGGACACAGUAUUUGAAGCAUACUGCAGUUAUACUGCACUCUGACUGCAAUAUUUUUCCGUAAGGGCAUACUUUUGUAUGUAAAGUGUAUCUUAUAACUUUUAAGUUAACUGUUUAAAAUCUGCUUGUAGUAACCUGGUAUAUUUAUGUUAAGUAUUAUGUUUACCAAUCGAUGGCAGUAUUGACUCAAUACCACGUUUGCUUUCCGCCAUCCCGUAACCGUUUAAAUAGCUGAAAUUAUAUUUUUUGUUGUUGCCUGUUUUGUAUGUUAUUUUGGCAUUAAUACGUGUCACAUAUCAGUUUGCAAACAAUGUAAAAACGAAAAAACAUUGAGUUAAUAAAGCCGCAUGCAAACAUGGUCUCUUUUUUGCUUUCUUGAGUAAAGGCAGCUCCAAAAUGCAGGUGUUUCAGCCUAGCUCAGUGCUUUCUGUGGUGGUGGGCCAGCCAGCGGAAAAUACAAAGGGUAAGGGUUGGUAAUGUUCUCUAAGUAUGAUGUUGACAUGAUCAGUCCAAUCAAAGCUACUGUAGAUAUAACGUGAUUUGACGUCAUUUUAUCUGUGGCCAAAGACCCUUGAGCCUUCUUGGAUGGGCACUUCUAAUGUAACUCUAUGGCAGCACCCAAGGGGCUUGAAUUUUCGAGCUCUACCCUUAGAUUUGGCAGACAUAGUGUCCCCAUGAGUGACAGAACACUGAGCCAAUCACGGCGCAACUACAGAACAUUACCAACCCCUACGCUCCGUAUGUUCCGCUGGCUGCCCCACCACCACAGAAAGCACUGAGCUAGGCUGAAACACCUGCAUGUUGGAGCUGCCUUUACUCAGCUAGGCUGAAACACCUGCAUUUUGGAGCUGCCUUUACUCAAGAAAGCGAAAAAAGAGACCAUGUUUGCAUGCGGCUUUAUUAACUUUGGGUCUCUGCCCCACUUGCCCUGAAUGACUGGUCACCACUGACUGAGAGACACCCCCCAUUAAACUCAUAACAUACACACGGGAGAAAAUUACGGUGAUUUGGAGUUGCUGAUGUUCAAGUGGAAUAUCAAGGACAAAAAUAAAAGUCUGCCUCUUUUAGUAGUGGGUACUGGCCCCAGCUUACUAGGGAGAGGUCGGUUGGAGGAAAUCAAACAUGUCACCACAGAGACAUUGACAGUGCAGCAGGUGCUAUCAAAGCAUGAGUGUGUUUUCAAAGAAGAGCUAAGGAAAUUUAAAAGGGGUCCAAGCUACCAUUCAUGCUGCUGCAGAUGCUACUCUCAGAUUCAUUAGGCCAAGAUCAAUUCCAUAUGCCAUGAACCCUAAAGUGGAUAUGGAAAUUGACACUCUUAAAAGAGGAUAUAAUUAUUCCUGUCAAGUUCUCUGAGUAGGCAGCACCAGUUGUUCCCAUACUCAGACCAAAUGGUUAAAUCUAUGUGGUGACUCUCUGGAGCUGUACCUCAUACCCAGAGUGGAGGACUUGCUUUCAGCGUUAACUGGAGGGCAACAGUUCACAAAACUGGAUGGAGAAUGACGCAGAGAAACCUAUCGGGUCCAUGUCAAGAACAUUGUCGCCAGCGGAGGAAAAAGUACACCCAGCUGGACAAGGAAGGACUGGCUGUCAAGUGCUAAUAGUUGAAACUUCACAGAAGUACCUGACCAUAAACACCCACAGAGGGAUGUUUACCUACAAACGUUUACCUUUCAGGGUGUCCUCCGUGCCAGUUAUCUUCCAAAGAACCGUGGAGGGAGUUCUGCAGGGGAUACCCAAGGUAGCAGUUUACCUCGACGACAUUCUUGUCACGAAGGAGGAGCAUCUCAGAAACUUGGGUGAAGAUUUGAGGAGGAUAGAAGAGGCCGGUCUCCGGCUGAAGAGGAGCAAGUGUACGCUGUUUGCUGAUGAAGUGCAGUACCUGGGUCACAAGGUGGACGCCAAGGGGUCCUUAUACACAAGUACUUAUACGGGAGAACAUUCACUAUUGUGACCGACCAGAAGCCUCUGUUCUCUCUGUUCCAUGAACAAAAGCCAGUACCAGAAAUGGUCUCUCCAAGAGUUCAACGUAGGGCUGUGUGGCUCAGGGCCUACGAGUACAGAAUAAUCUACAAGCCAGGUAGAUACAAUGAGAACACUGAUGCUCUAAGUAGGCUGCCCGUUCCAGAAAUAAUCCCUCAGGAAGGAGAAAAUGACUAAGUCUUGAAGAUCGAUGUGUUGGAUGAUGCUUAAACAAGCAGGAUAGGACAUUGGAACGUUCCCCAGAGUUGCAGUUGGACAAACAACCUGAGACCACCAGGACAUUGGAACGUUCCCCAGAGUUGCAGUUGGACAAACAACCUGAGACCACCAGGACUUUGGAACGUUCCCCAGAGUUGCAGUUGGACAAACAACCUGAGACCACCAGGACUUUGUUGUGGUGAAGUGGUGAAGUGCUGUUGGCACCAGCUACACCACCUCGGAGACGCUCCAUUAGAGAGAGAGACAUCCGCCAGACUAUUUCAGAUCCUAAGGAAGAUCAUGUUCCUAGAGGUCAGCUACACCACCUCGGAGACGCUCCAUUAGAGAGAGAGACAUCCGCCAGACUAUUUCAGAUCCUAAGGAAGAUCAUGUUCCUAGAGGUCACUGAAGUAAAAAAAAUAAAAACAAGUAAAUAUAUAAAUAAUGAAUUAUGAAUAGGAUUGUAAAAAACAAACAAGAAAUGUGAUUGUUAUGAAAAAUCAUAAAUGUUUAGUUGGCAGCCUAGCUCAGAAAGGAAUUAAGUUGAUUUAUUAGCCAAAAAGGGGGGAAUGUAGUAACCUGGGAAAUGUAUGUUAAGUAUUAUGUUUACCAAUAGAUGGCAGUAUUGACUCAAUACGGGGUUUGCGUUCCGCUAUCCGUAGCCAUUUCAAUGUCUGACCAUAUAACCGUGCUCAGAUAGCUUACACCAGGUGAAUUCCUGUAAUGUUAUUCUAAGUUACAAUUAAAUACUAAAACGUACGUACUUGUCCGGUGUCAUCGAUCUAAGAAGCAUCCUAAGAUACCACAGUGCUAAAUGCUCUGAAGUGGUGCAUUUGGUUUGCUAACUUAGUAGGUAUCUAGCUCAGGGGUCUUCAGACAACUUUUUUUUUUUAUAGCUUUCGAUGUAAGGCACAUUCUUCUCUACCCUGAAACUCUUCCCCGGGUCCGUGAUAUACAAGAGAUGUGUUUUCUGUCAAUAUACCUGGUACAGUAAUGGUUAAUAAACAACUCUUAAGGGGGCCCCAUCAAAUAUUUGUGGGUAUUUUCCGGAAUUCUGUUUUAUAUUUCCAGUUUUUUUUUCCUUCUUCAGUUUUUUACUCUAAUGGAUGUUCUGAGUCUAUGUCAAUGCUUAAAUCACAUCAGAAGACCAAUUUGUGAGCUCUCAGGAAAAAAAAGCAAACACAUUUAGAUUUUUGAGUGUGAUUCCCGUUUAAUUGUGUAUUAAGCGAAAGCGGAACGUGUCGGUCUAGUGAUGUUUCUGCUGUUAGCCCCACUGCUACAGAACAUGUCACGGCAGAGUUUGCAAAACAAUGGCCACCCAAUUGAUACAAAUAUUCAUGAGAUCUUUGUCAGGUAAGCCUACUUUGCAGUUCACAUUUAAUUGAGAAGGUUUUUGGGGAAAGUAUUUGUCUACCCACAAAACGGUUAUCAUUAGCAUUGCUUACUGGCUACAUACGGAGUGAUAGACAAAUGCGUGCACCAAACAGAAAGACGGGCAAUAUUGCUGGAAAUUAAUUGGCAGAUAUUGUUACGUUUGGCUUUUUAAGCCAAUAGUGGCUAACCAGGAGUGGGAUAAUGUUGAUGUAGCUUUGAUUAGAUAGUUGCUGGGAGCUUUAUAUUUAUCACAGUUUGCGAUUGAACACAUGAAAAAAAAAAUACUUUCAGCUUGGCGAGCUACUGGUAGCUGGUGAUCUGCCUGUUGAAGGCCCCUGAUGUAGCUGGUGAUCUACCUGUUGAAGGCCGAUGAUGUAGCUGGUGAUCUGCCUGUUGAAGGCCCCUGAUCUAGCUGGUUAGCUUCUUGCGAAAUCAAACUCCUCUUGGUAACACCAGAGAAUCCCCUCCUGGAUCAAGAGCCUUGCUGUCUAAUAUUUGUUUUGUGCGUGCCUGGGAUGGCUGUCCUGUAAAUAGCUUAUGUCAGAGACUGCAUAAAAUCCCACUUCUGACACCAAUGUAGCGAACAGCAGGGCAGGGGAACGAAACCGGGUCGCUGGUGUGAAAGAUCACAUGUAGCUCAGUUGGUAGAGCAUGGUGCUUGCAACACCAGGGUUGUGGGUUCGAUUCCCACGGGGGACCAGUAUGAAAAUGUAGGUACUCACUACUGUAAGUCGCUUUGGAUAAAAGUGUCUGCAAAAUUGCAUAUUCUUCUAAUCUGAACAAAAAUAUAAUCGCAACAUGUGAAGUGUUGGUCCCAUGUUUCAUGAGCUGAAAUAAAAGAUCCCAGAAAUGUUCCUUACUCACAAAAAACGUAUUUCUCAAAAAUGUUGUGCACAAAUUUGUUGACAUCCCUGUUAGUUAGCUUUUUUUUUUUUUUUUUUUUUUUUUAAUGCCAUUUAGCAGACGCUUUUAUCCAAAGCGACUUACAGUCAUGCGUGCAUACAUUUUUGUGUAUGGGUGGUCCGGGACAAUCCAUCCACCUGACAGGUGUGGCAUAUCAACAAGCUGAUUAAACAGCAUGAUCAUUACACAGGUGCACCUUGUGCUGGGGACAAUAAAAUGCCACUAAAAAAUUUGCAAAGAUGUGUCAAGUUUUGAGGGAGCGUGCAAUUGGCAUGAAGAUUGCAGGAAUGUCCACCUGAGCUGUUGCCAGUGAAUUGAAUGUUAAUUUCUCUAACAUCGUUGUUUUAGAGAAUUUGGCAGUACGUCCAACCGACCUCACAACCGCAGACCACGUGUAACCACGCCAGCCCAGGACCUCCCCAGACCACGUGUAACCACGCCAGCCCAGGACCUCCCCAGACCACGUGUAACCACGCCAGCCCAGGACCUCCCCAGACCACGUGUAACCACGCCAGCCCAGGACCUCCCCAGACCACGUGUAACCACGCCAGCCCAGGACCUCCACAUCCGGCUACUUCACCUGCGGGAUCGUCUGAGACCAGCCACCCGGACAGCUGAUGAAACUGUGGGUUUGCACAACCGAAUAAUUUCUGCACAAACUGUCAGAAACCGUCUCAGGGAAGCUCAUCUGCGUGCUCGUCGUCCUCACCAGGGUCUUGGCCUUACUGAAGUCCGGCGUUGUAACCGACUUGUGGGCAAAUGCUCACCUUCGAUGGCCACUGGCACGCUGGAGAAGUAUGCUCUUCACGGAUGAAUCCCGGUUUCAACUAUACCUGGCAGAUGGCAGACAGUAUAUGGCGUCGUGUGGGUUCGAGCGGUUUGCUGAUGUCAACGUUGUGAACAGGUUAUGGUAUGGGCAAGUCUAAGCUACGGACAACUAACACAAUUGCAUUUUAUCGAUGGCAAUUUGAAUGCACAGAGAUACCGUGACGAGAUCCUGAGGCCCAUUGUCCUGCCAUUUAUCCACCUCCAUCGCCACAUGUUUCAGCAUGAUAAUGCACAACCCCAUGCCGCAAGGAUCUGUACACAAUUUCUGGAAGCUGAAAAUGUCCCAGUUCUUCCAUGGCCUGCAUACUCCCCAGACAUGUCAGUCAUUGAGCAUGUUUGGAAUGCUCUGGAUCGACGUGUACGACAGCAUGUUCCAGUUCCCACCAAUAGCCAGCAACUUCGCACAGCCAUUGAAGAGAAGUUGUUUUCUGAUCCACGCCCCUACUUUUUUUUAAAGGUAUCUGUGACCCAACAGAUGCAUAUCUGUAUUCCCAAUUAUGUGAACUCCAUAGUUUAGGGCCUAAUGAAUUUAUUUAAAUUGACUGAUUUCGUUAUAUGAACUGUAACUCAGUAAAAUCUUUGAAAUUGUUGCGUUUAUAUUUUUGUUCACUGUAUAUUCUUCUAAAAUAUUUGCAAAUCAUAAAUUAGCAUUUAACUAGCAUUCGCUAUGGGAUUUUACGUUUACUUGUUAGCAUUGCUAACCUUCGGAUUACAGAGACUCAGUGGGGUUUGAAAAUAGCGGCCCUUAUAUUCAGUGCCGGUAUUACUGAAUAUCCCGGUUUGGCACAAGGUCGGUAUGAAGGUAUGACAAUAUGGAUACCGCCUAGUAUGUUAGAUGGGAGAGAAAUGAGCAAAUACUGUAGGCAUUACAGUCCUGUAUGUAUUUCUGACUCGUACCUCCCACAGUGAAUAAAGCUUGAAGGAAUCUCCAAUCAAAGUCUCUGAGACAUCAAAUCAAAUCACAUGUUUAUUUGCCACAUGCGCCGAAUACAACAGGUGUAGACCUUACAGUGAAAUGCUUACUUACAAGCCCUUAACCAACAAUGCAGUUUUAAGAAGAAAAAAAUAGUGUUAAGUAAAAAAAUACAAUAAUUUUUUUUUUAAAGAGCAGCAGUAAAAUAAAAUAACAGUAGGGAGGCUAUAUACAGGGGGUACCGGUACAGAGUCAAUGUGCGGGGGCACUGGUUAGUCUUCAUCUGUUGGUGUAAUGUUGUAACCGUGGUGGAAGGCUCUAAACGUUGUGUUUUGUGUGUGAUUGCGUGUUGAGGUGGUAACCUGUGUGUUGAGGUGGUAACCUGCGUGUUGAGGUGUUAACCUGCGUGUUGAGGUGGUAACCUGCGUGUUGAGGUGGUAACCUGCGUGUUGAGGUGUUAACCUGUGUGUUGAGGUGGUAACCUGCGUGUUGAGGUGGUAACCUGCGUGUUGAGGUGGUAACCUGCGUGUUGAGGUGGUAACCUGCGUGUUGAGGUGUUAACCUGCGUGUUGAGGUGGUAACCUGCGUGUUGAGGUGUUAACCUGCGUGUUGAGGUGGUAACCUGCGUGUUGAGGUGGUAACCUGCGUGUUGAGGUGGUAACCUGCGUGUUGAGGUGUUAACCUGCGUGUUGAGGUGUUAACCUGCGUGUUGAGGUGUUAACCUGCGUGUUGAGGUGGUAACCUGCGUGUUGAGGUGUUAACCUGCGUGUUGAGGUGGUUAACCUGCGUGUUGAGGUGUUAACCUGCGUGUUGAGGUGUAACCUGCGUGUUGAGGUGUAACCUGCGUGUUGAGGUGUUAACCUGCGUGUUGAGGUGUAACCUGCGUGUUGAGGUGUUAACCUGCGUGUUGAGGUGUUAACCUGCGUGUUGAGGUGUUAACCUGCGUGUUGAGGUGUUAACCUGCGUGUUGAGGUGGUAACCUGCGUGUUGAGGUGUUAACCUGCGUGUUGAGGUGUUAACCUGCGUGUUGAGGGGUUAACCUGCGUGUUGUGUUUUCUCCCCAGGACCUGAAUAAGAGACAAGGCCUAGCCCUGCUCUCUAAGAUGGGGGAGUCGGUGAAGCACGUGACAGGAGGGUACAAGCUGAGGGGCCGACCCAUGGAGUUUUCUGUUAUGGGAGACUACCUGGAUUUGUUCACACAGAAGCUGGGUACCAUCGACAGGAUAGCGCAGAGAAUCAUCAAAGAACAGUCCGGUAGGUAACAGGGAGGUAAAGGUUAUUGCUGGGUCUUUUCUGACUGUCGCUUUGCCUCUAGCUGGGCUGUGACUCUCUGUCUGACUCUGUGUCAGUGACUCCCUGGUGUGUGUGUGUGUGUGUGUGUGCAGCUAACUCUCUCUCUGUGUAUGUGUGUGUGCAGCUAACUCUCUGUGUGUGUGUGUGUGUGUGUCUGUGUGUGUCUGUGUGUGUGUGUGUGUGUGUGUGUGUGUGUGUGUGUGUGUGUGUGCAGCUAACUCUCUGUGUGUGUGUGUGUGCAGCUAACUCUCUCUGUGUGUGUGUGUGUGUGUCUGUGUGUGUCUGUGUGUGUGUGUGUGUGUGUGUGUGUGUGUGUGCAGCUAACUCUGUCUGUGUGUGUGUACCUGGUAGAGCUGCGUGAGUACGGUCCUGUCUACACCACCUGGACUGUCUCCUCUUUCCUCUCUGCUCUCUCUGACUACUGUGUCCCUCCUCCCCUGUGUACUCAGAGUACCUGGUAGAGCUGCGUGAGUACGGUCCUGUCUACACCACCUGGACUGCCUCCUCUUUCCUCUCUGCUCUCUCUGACUACUGUGUCCCUCCUCCCCUGUGUAUUCAGAGUACCUGGUAGAGCUGCGUGAGUACGGUCCUCUCUACACCACCUGGGCGGCGUCGGAGGCGGAGCUACAGGAGCCCCUGGAGGGCGUGUCCGGCUGCAUAGCUAACUGCUCCAGCGCUCUGGACGAACUCACCGAGGACAUGAGCGAAGACUUCCUGCCUGUGCUCCGAGAAUACGUCCUCUACAUUGAGUCCGUAAAGGUACAGUAGAAUACAGUAGAAUGAUUCCAUGAAGGUACAGUAGAAUGCAGUAGAAUGAUUCCAUGAAGGUACAGUAGAAUACAGUAAAGGACAGUAUACCGAAACUUCAGUACGUUUUCAAUACUAGAACAUGAAACACUUUCGGUACGUCUGUCAAAUGUGUCUUAUGCCGUCUACUGAUUUGAGAGGAUCAGUUCUGUCUACCAGCGAAGCCUUUAUAGCCUUAUAACACCGUGCAUGUCUUUUUCCUGCUCCACUUACUGCUGACGAGAAAACCACUGGCAGUCUGGGCUGCAUCAUGUUAGCUCCCCACUCAUACUGGCUCAAGCCUGUUCUGAGGAACCACUGAACCCACUGGCAGUCUGGGCUGCAUCAUGUUAGCUCCCCACUCAUGUUACACUGAAGUUAACACAUUUGAAUAAUGCAACACGGCAUGUAGAAAUGUUGAAUCUGUUAAUUACUGUUCGUGAAACAAUGUCAUUGCAGGCUAGAACACUUUACAAUGCAAGAAGAUACCGGUAGCUUUCAUCUUUGUAGGCUAACUUUCCUUCACUAACAUCAAUUCACUACCCUAGUACUUUGUUUGUGAUCAUAUGCAAACCACAACACAAAAUAUGCUGAUUUCCUUCACUGACCAAACUGCAGUUCGCGAACGAUUUAGUUCUAUUUGAACUACUCUUUUUACUGACUGUUGAAUCAUGAUUAAUUUUUCUGAGUACAUUUUUUGUCAUUCGUUUGACCUGCUGGCUGGCCGCAAUGAAUUCUAAAGCAGGAUUAAUACGCACUCCUCCGGCUCAGCGGCUCUGGAGACGUGCUCAGUUUUCUCCACACACAGCCAUUAAACUCUGUAAAGUCACCGUUGGCCUCAUGGUGAAAUCCCUGAGCGAUUUCCUUCCUCUCCGGCAACUAAGUUAGGAAGGACGCCUGUAUCUUUGUAGUGACUGGGUGUAUUGAUACACCAUCCAAAGUGUAAUUAAUAACUUCACCAUGCUCAAAGGGAUAUUCAAUGUCUGCUUUUUUUAUUUUUACCCAUCUACCAAUAGGUGCCCUUCUUUGUGAGGCAUUGAAAAACCUCCCUGGUCUUUGUGGUUGAAUUUGUGUUUGAAAUUCACUGCUCGACUGAGGGACCUUACAGAUAAUUGUAUGUGCGGGGUACAGAUGAGGUAGUCAUUCAAAAAUCAUGUUAAACACUUAUGUGAUUUGUUAAGCACAUUAGUACUCCUGAACUUAUUUAGGCUUGCCAUAACAAAGGGGUUGAAUACUUAUUGACUCAAGACAUUUCAGCUUUUCAUUUUUAAUUUAAUUUGUCAAAGUUUAAAAAAAACAUAAUUCCACCUUGCCAUUAUGGGGUGCUGUAUGUAGGCCUGUUAUAAGCCAUUUGCAUUUGAAUGUGCUGUAACACAACAACAUGUGGAAACAGUCGAGGGUUGGGAAAUACUUUCUGAAGGCACAUAUUUCAGUCAAAUUGCUUUUCAGCCUGGAGAGUCUGGUUUCCUCUCUCUCUCUCUCUCUAAUGUCCUCUCACCUGCCAGACUGCUGAGGAAGCAGACUUUCACCACAUCAGGACGUGUCGCUUCCUCUUUCCCUAGAAUGACUUUUGCUGACAAGUCAUGUUUGUGUUGAGACAUAAUGAGAGCUGUCUUGGGGUUAAGGUUUCCUCAGGCAAUAGAAUUUGGUGUUUAUCUCAGAUUUUCACUUCCACCCAUCCUAACCCUAACCUGUCAUUGUUUAAAUUUAGAUUUGGUAUACACAACGCCUGCAAAAGUAUUCAGACCCCUUUUUAAUUUCUUCACGUUUUAUUGUGUUACAAAGUGGGAUUAAAAUUGAUUUAAUUGUCAGUUUUUGUCAACAAUAUACACAAAAUACUCUGUCAAAGUGGAAGAAAGAUUAAUAAACAUAUUAUAUAACUCAAGUAUAGUCGUUGCAUAAGUAUUCAGCCCCUUUGUUUAGGCAAGCCUAAAUGAGUUCAGGAGUAGAAUUUGGCUUAACAAAUCACUUAAUAAAUUACAUGGACUCACUCUGUGUGAAAUAAUAGUGGUUGACACUAAAUGACUAACCCUUCCUCUGUCCUCCAUACAUACAUCUGUAAGUCCCUCAGUCAAGUAUUGAAUUUCAAGCACAGAUUCAACUACAAAGACCAGGGAGCUUUUAGAAAGCCUCAUAAAGAAGGGCAGUGAUUGGUAGAUGAUUAACAAUAACAAAUCAGACAUUGAAUAUCUCUUUAAGCCGUGGUCAAGUUAAUAAUGAUGCUGUGGAUUAUAUAUUAAACCACCCAGACACAUCAAAGAUACAGUCGUCCUUCGGAACUGAGCUGCAGGACAGGAAUGAAACUGCUCAGGGAUGUCACCGUGAGGCCAUUGGUGAUUUUAAAAUGGCUACAGAGUUCAACGGCUGUGAUGGGAGAGAACUGAGGAUGGAUCAACAACAUUGUAGUGACUCCACAAUACUAACCUAAAUGACAGAGUGAAAAGAACACAAAUAUAAAAAAUAUUCCAAAACAUGAAUCUUGUUUAGAAAACAAGGCACUAAAGUAAUACUGCAACAACAACAAAACAUGGCAAAGGAAUACACUUUCUGGCAUAAAUGCAAAGCCUUUGGGGCAAAUCCAACACUUCACUGAGUACCACUCUUCGUAUUUUCAAGCAUGGUGGUGACUGCAUCGGGUUAUGGGUGUGCUUGACAUUGGCAAAUACUGGGGAGAUUUUCAGGAUAAAAAUAAACAGGAUAGGGCUAAGCACAGGCAAAAUCCUAGAGGAAAACCUGGUUCAGUCUGCUUUACACCAGACACUGGGAGAGGAAUUCACCUUUCAGCAGGACAAUAACCUAAAACACAAGGCCAAAUCUACACUGGAGUUGGUUACCAAGACGACAGUGAAUGUUCUUAAGUGACCAAGUUACGGUUGCUUGAAAUACUAUGGCAAGACUUGAAAAUUGCUGUCUAUCCAUAAUCAAUAACAAUAGGCAAAUAUCGUAGGCUUGGGCGGUAUACUGUAUAUACCGUUUGCUAAUUUAGUAGCUAGUUCGCUGUCUAGCUAAGUGGUUAGCUUCUUCCAAAAUCAAGCAUUUGCUUGGUAACAGCAGAGAAUCCCCUCCUAGAUCAAGAACCUUGCUGGCUAAUAUUCAUUUUGCGCGUGCAGCUAACUGACUCGCAAUUUGGAGUUACUUUUAUACUUGUAUAGUUUAGGUCACAAAAUACAAAAUGUUUGCAAUGUGCUCGUUAGCAUUCUCUAUGAGGAUUCCUUAGUGUUUGUUAGCAUUCUGGUAAGUUAUGUUUUUUGGGCAUUGAAUAUUAGUACUUUUUAGAGCAACUUACAGUUAUUGAGUGCAUACAUUAUUUUUUUAUUUUUCAUACUGGCCCCCCGUGGGAAUCGAACCCACAACCCUGGCGUUGCAAGCGCCAUGCUCUACCAACUGAGCUACAUCCCUGCCAGCCAUUCUCUCCCCUACCCUGGACGACGCUGGGCCAAUUGUGCGCCGCCCCAUGGGUCUCCCUGUCGCGGGCGGCUAUGACAGAGCCUGGAUUCGAACCAGGAUCUCUAGUGGCACAGCUAGCACUGCGAUGCAGUGCCUUAGACCACUGCGCCAGUCGGGAGGUUAAGAAGGUUUCAUGCAGUGUUUUCCCCUUACUGACACAAUGACAUGCAGAUCAUUAUGCAUGUAUAUUCCUUCCUCCCAUUCCUAAGGUAGGCCUUAGCAAAUAUGAUCAAAUCAGCCAUUUUAUGCAGUAUUCUAUUAUACACUGAACAGUGUGAAGUUAAAUUCAAUGUGUUGUAUUGAGUAGAAGUGUGCAUUUCAGUGACAUGUUUUUGGGGAAGGUUUAGAAAACUUGAAAAAGCGUCCGGGGGACUUGGCGAACAUAAUGCUAGGCCACUGAUUUUUAACCACCGUGUUUCGCGAUACUAAUCUGUAUCGCGAUACUUAGCCUGGUAUCGUGUCAUUUGUAAAAUGUUGUUAUCGUGACAACACUAGUCCAAAUACUUUUGUAUAUAUAUAGUGUACUUGCAUAACUUUGAGCUGGGUUGUCUCUCCUAGUAGUAAAUGUUUGCAUGCGCUCGUUAGCAUUUGCCUAGCAUCCGCUAUGAGAAUUCCUUAGUACGUGUUAGCAUUUUGUUAGCAUUCUGCGAAGUGACGUUUAUUUGGGGCUUUGAAUAUUAGUACUUUUUAAAUAAAUACCUGCAGUCAACUUGUGCACUAGGUAAUAGAUAAAGCAAAACAAAAUAUUGCCCCUUGUGUGCAUUACUGGUAAUACCAUAUAUCCCGGGAUGGCACAGGCACGGUAAUACCAUAUAUCCCGGGAUGGCACAGGCACGGUAAUACCAUAUAUCCCGGGAUGGCACAGGCACGGUAAUACCAUAUAUCCCGGGAUGGCACAGGCACGGUAAUACCAUAUAUCCCGGGAUGGCACAGGCACGGUAAUACCAUAUAUCCCGGGAUGGCACAGGCACGGUAUGGAAAUCAGUAUACCGUCCAACCCUAUGAUAUUGUACAAUCCAGGUGUGCGUAGCGCUUAGAGAUUUACCCAGAAAGCCUCACAGCUGUAAUCGCUGCCAAAGGUGUUUCUAACAUGUAUGGACUCAGGGAGAUGAAUACUUAUGCAACAACUAUAUUUAAUUUAUUACAUUUUUAUUAAUCUUUUAAAAAAUAUAAAUACUUUUGCAAGGCACUGUAAAUGUUGUUUUUAUUCAAGAUGAAAACGAAUAUUAAAUUAUGAUUAAACUAUGAUUUUAAUUAAGAAGUUUGGAUUGCAAUUAUGAGCAUAAUGAAUGCCUCCAGACAGGGGGGGAUCUCAGAGGUGGAUCUCAGAGGGGGAUCUCAGAGGGGGAUCUCAGAGGGGGAUCUCAGAGGGGGAUCUCUGAGGGGGAUCUCUGAGGGGGAUCUCUGAGGGGGAUCUCUGAGGGGGAUCUCUGAGGAGGGUGUGUGAACCUCAGCCAUUCUUAGGCUUCCAAGUGGCUGUAGCGGUCUGGCUUGUCUCUGCAGCCGGCUGCUAACAUCUGCCGUGUUUUGCUCUGUCAGGCUGCUCUAAAGGAGAGGGACUGUGUGUGUGUUAUUUUACAUCUGGGGCGGCAGGUAGCUCAGUGGUUAAGAGCGUUGUCCCCGAGCUGACUAGGCGAAAAAUCUGUCGAUGUGCCCUUAACCCGAAUUGCUCCUGUAAGUCGCUCUGGAUAAGAGCGUUUGCUAAAUGACUAAAAUGUAAAUGUAAAAUGUGUUUGCUCUGCUGUCAGGCUGUUCUGAAGAAGAGGGACAACAUCCAGGCGGAAUACGAGGCUAAACUGGAAGCUGCUGCCUUCCAGAAAGAAGAGAGGCCAGCAGCCACAGUGAGUCUAGUCCUGUGGUCCCUAGAGUCUAGUCUACUCAACACCCUGUGGGCCCUAGAGUCUAGUCUGCUCAACACCCUGUGGGCCCUAGAGUCUAGUCUACUCAACACCCUGUGGGCCCUAGAGUCUAGUCUACUCAACACCCUGUGGGCCCUAGAGUCUAGUCUACUCAACACCCUGUGGGCCCUAGAGUCUAGUCUACUCAACACCCUGUGGGCCCUAGAGUCUAGUCUACUCAACACCCUGUGGGCCCUAGAGUCUAGUCUACUCAACACCCUGUGGGGCCCUAGAGUCUAGUCUACUCAACACCCUGUGGGCCCUAGAGUCUAGUCCUACUCAACACCCUGUGGGCCCUAGAGUCUAGUCUACUCAACACCCUGUGGGCCCUAGAGUCUAGUCUACUCAACACCCUGUGGGCCCUAGAGUCUAGUCUACUCAACACCCUGUGGGCCCUAGAGUCUAGUCUACUCAACACCCUGUGGGCCCUAGAGUCUAGUCUACUCAACACCCUGUGGGCCCUAGAGUCUAGUCUACUCAACCACCCUGUGGGCCCUAGAGUCUAGUCUACUCAACACCCUGUGGGCCCUAGAGUCUAGUCUACUCAACACCCUGUGGGCCCUAGAGUCUAGUCUACUCAACACCCUGUGGGCCCUAGAGUCCUAGUCUACUCAACACCCUGUGGGCCCUAGAGUCCUAGUCUACUCAACACCCUGUGGGCCCCUAGAGUCUAGUCUACUCAACACCCUGUGGGCCCUAGAGUCUAGUCUACUCAACACCCUGUGGGCCCUAGAGUCUAGUCUACUCAACACCCUGUGGGCCCUAGAGUCUAGUCUACUCAACACCCUGUGGGCCCUAGAGUCUAGUCUACUCAACACCCUGUGGGCCCUAGAGUCUAGUCUACUCAACACCCUGUGGGUGCUGUCCCCUCCCUACAGCAGGUGCUGUUUCCUGUCCCCUCCCUACAGCAGGUGCUGUUCCCUGUCCCCUCCCUACAGCAGGUGCUGUUCCCUGUCCCCUCCCUACAGCAGGUGCUGUUCCCUGUCCCCUCCCUACAGCAGGUGCUGUUCCCUGUCCCCUCCCUACAGCAGGUGCUGUUCCCUGUCCCCUCCCUACAGCAGGUGCUUAGUUCUGUUCCCUGUCCCCUCCCUACAGCAGGUGCUGUUCCCUGUCCCCUCCCCACAGCAGGUGCUGUUCCCUGUCCCCUCCCUACAGCAGGUGCUUAGUUCUGUUCCCUGUCCCCUCCCCACAGCAGGUGCUGUUCCCUGUCCCCUCCCUACAGCAGGUGCUGUUCCCUGUCCCCUCCCUACAGCAGGUGCUGUCCUCUGUCCCCUCCCUACAGCAGGUGCUGUCCCCUGUCCCCUCCCUACAGCAGGUGCUGUUCCCUGUCCCCUCCCUACAGCAGGUGCUUAGUUCUGUUUCCUGUCCCCUCCCUACAGCAGGUGCUGUUCCCUGUCCCCUCCCUACAGCAGGUGCUGUUCCCUGUCCCCUCCCUACAGAAGAUGCUUAGUUCUGUCCCCUGUCCCCUCCCUACAGCAGGUGCUGUUCCCUGUCCCCUCCCUACAGCAGGUGCUGUUCCCUGUCCCCUCCCUACAGCAUGUGCUUAGUUCUGUCCCCUGUCCCCUCCCCACAGCAGGUGCUGUUCCCUGUCCCCUCCCUACAGCAGGUGCUGUUCCCUGUCCCCUCCCUACAUCAGGUGCUUAGUUCUGUUUCCUGUCCCCUCCCUACAGCAGGUGCUGUUCCCUGUCCCCUCCCUACAGCAGGUGCUGUUCCCUGUCCCCUCCCUACAGAAGAUGCUUAGUUCUGUUUCCUGUCCCCUCCCUACAGCAUGUGCUUAGUUCUGUUCCCUGUCCCCUCUCUACAGCAGGUGCUGUUCCCUGUCCCCUCCCUACAGCAGGUGCUGUCCCCUGUCCCCUCCCUACAGAAGGUGCUUAGUUCUGUCCCCUGUCCCCUCCCUACAGAAGGUGCUUAGUUCUGUCCCCUGUCCCCUCUCUACAGCAGGUGCUUAGUUCUGUUCCCUGUCCCCUCUCUACAGAAGGUGCUUAGUUCUGUUCCCUGUCCCCUCUCUACAGAAGGUGCUUAGUUCUGUCCCCUGUCCCCUCUCUACAGCAGGUGCUGUUCCCUGUCCCCUCUCUACAGAAGGUGCUUAGUUCUGUCCCCUGUCCCCUCCCUACAGAAGGUGCUUAGUUCUGUCCCCUGUCCCCUCUCUACAGAAGGUGCUUAGUUCUGUCCCCUGUCCCCUCUCUACAGAAGGUGCUUAGUUCUGUCCCCUGUCCCCUCCCUACGGAAGGUGCUUAGUUCUGUCCCCUGUCCCCUCUCUACAGCAGGUUCUGUCCCCUGUCCCCUCUCUACAGAAGGUGCUUAGUUCUGUUCCCUGUCCCCUCUCUACAGAAGGUGCUUAGUUCUGUCCCCUGUCCCCUCCCUACAGAAGGUGCUUAGUUCUGUCCCCUGUCCCCUCUCUACAGCAGGUUCUGUCCCCUGUCCCCUCUCUACAGAAGGUGCUUAGUUCUGUCCCCUGUCCCCUCUCUACAGCAGGUGCUGUUCCCUGUCCCCUCUCUACAGAAGUUGCUUAGUUCUGUCCCCUGUCCCCUCUCUACAGCAGGUGCUGUUCCCUGUCCCCUCCCUACAGAAGGUGCUUAGUUCUGUCCCCUGUCCCCUCUCUACAGCAGGUUCUGUCCCCUGUCCCCUCUCUACAGAAGGUGCUUAGUUCUGUCCCCUGUCCCCUCUCUACAGAAGGUGCUUAGUUCUGUCCCCUGUCCCCUCUCUACAGCAGGUGCUUAGUUCUGUCCCCUGUCCCCUCCCUACAGCAGGUGCUGUUCCCUGUCCCCUCCCCACAGCAGGUGCUGUUCCCUGUCCCCUCCCUACAGCAGGUGCUUAGUUCUGUUCCCUGUCCCCUCCCCACAGCAGGUGCUUAGUUCUGUCCCCUGUCCCCUCCCUACAGCAGGUGCUUAGUUCUGUUCCCUGUCCCCUCCCCACAGCAGGUGCUUAGUUAUGUCCCCUGUCCCCUCCCUACAGCAGGUGCUUAGUUCUGUUCCCUGUCCCCUCCCCACAGCAGGUGCUUAGUUCUGUCCCCUGUCCCCUCUCUACAGCAGGUGCUUAGUUCUGUCCCCUGUCCCCUCCCCACAGCAGGUGCUUAGUUCUGUCCCCUGUCCCCUCCCUACAGCAGGUGCUUAGUUCUGUUUCCUGUCCCCUCCCCACAGCAGGUGCUGUUCCCUGUCCCCUCCCUACAGCAGGUGCUGUUCCCUGUCCCCUCCCUACAGCAGGUGCUGUUCCCUGUCCCCUCCCUACAGCAGGUGCUGUUCCCUGUCCCCUCCCUACAGCAGGUGCUGUUCCCUGUCCCCUCCCUACAGAAGGUGCUUAGUUCUGUUCCCUGUCCCCUCCCUACAGAAGGUGCUUAGUUCUGUUCCCUGUCCCCUCCCCACAGCAGGUUCUGUUCCCUGUCCCCUCUCUACAGCAGGUGCUGUUCCCUGUCCCCUCCCUACAGAAGGUGCUUAGUUCUGUCCCCUGUCCCCUCCCUACAGAAGGUGCUGUUCCCUGUCCCCUCCCUACAGCAGGUGCUGUUCCCUGUCCCCUCCCUACAGAAGGUGCUUAGUUCUGUUCCCUGUUCCCUCCCUACAGCAGGUGCUGUCCCCUGUCCCCUCCCUACAGCAGGUGCUGUUCCCUGUCCCCUCCCUACAGAAGGUGCUUAGUUCUGUUCCCUGUCCCCUCUCUACAGAAGGUGCUUAGUUCUGUCCCCUGUCCCCUCCCUACAGAAGGUGCUUAGUUCUGUUCCCUGUCCCCUCUCUACAGAAGGUGCUUAGUUCUGUCCCCUGUCCCCUCUCUACAGCAGGUGCUGUUCCCUGUCCCCUCCCUUCAGCAGGUGCUUAGUUCUGUUCCCUGUCCCCUCCCUACAGCAGGUGCUGUUCCCUGUCCCCUCCCUACAGCAGGUGCUGUUCCCUGUCCCCUCUCUACAGAAGGUGCUUAGUUCUGUUCCCUGUCCCCUCUCUACAGAAGGUGCUUAGUUCUGUCCCCUGCCCCCUCCCUACAGCAGGUGCUGUUCCCUGUCCCCUCCCUACAGCAGGUGCUGUUCCCUGUCCCCUCUCGACAGAAGGUGCUUAGUUCUGUUCCCUGUCCCCUCUCUACAGAAGGUGCUUAGUUCUGUCCCCUGUCCCCUCCCUACAGAAGGUGCUUAGUUCUGUUCCCUGCCCCCUCCCUACAGAAGGUGCUUAGUUCUGUCCCCUGUCCCCUCCCCACAGCAGGUGCUGUUCCCUGUCCCCUCUCUACAGAAGGUGCUUAGUUCUGUCCCCUGUCCCCUCCCCACAGCAGGUGCUGUUCCCUGUCCCCUCCCUACAGCAGGUGCUGUUCCCUGUCCCCUCCCUACAGAAGGUGCUUAGUUCUGUCCCCUUUCCCCUCCCUAAAGCAGGUGCUGUUCCCUGUCCCCUCCCUACAGAAGGUGCUUAGUUCUGUCCCCUGUCCCCUCCCUAAAGCAGGUGCUGUCCCCUGUCCCCUCUCUACAGCAGGUGCUGUUCCCUGUCCCCUCCCUACAGCAUGUGCUUAGUUCUGUCCCCUGUCCCCUCUCUAUAGCAGGUGCUGUUUCCUGUCCCCUCUCUACAGCAGGUGCUUAGUUCUGUCCCCUGUCCCCUCCCUACAGCAGGUGCUGUUUCCUGUCCCCUCUCUACAGCAGGUGCUUAGUUCUGUCCCCUGUCCCCUCCCUACAGCAGGUGCUUAGUUCUGUCCCCUGUCCCCUCCCUACAGAAGGUGCUUAGUUCUGUCCCCUGUCCCCUCCCUACAGCAGGUGCUUAGUUCUGUCCCCUGUCCCCUCUCUACAGCAGGUGCUUAGUUCUGUCCCCUGUCCCCUCCCUACAGAAGGUGCUUAGUUCUGUCCCCUGUCCCCUCCCUACAGCAGGUGCUUAGUUCUGUCCCCUGUCCCCUCCCUACAGCAGGUGCUUAGUUCUGUCCCCUGUCCCCUCCCUACAGAAGGUGCUUAGUUCUGUCCCCUGUCCCCUCCCUACAGCAGGUGCUUAGUUCUGUCCCCUGUCCCCUCUCUACAGAAGGUGCUUAGUUCUGUCCCCUGUCCCCUCCCUACAGAAGGUGCAUAGUUCUGUCCCCUGUCCCCUCCCUACAGAAGGUGCUUAGUUCUGUCCCCUGUCCCCUCCCUACAGCAGGUGCCUGCAGACGUGGAGAAGUGCCAGGACAGAGUGGAGUGUUUCAAUGCUGACCUGAAGUCGGACUGGGACCGCUGGCAGAACAACAAGAGACAAGACUUCAGACAGCUACUGACUGGCAUGGCCGACCACAACAUCCACUACUAUGAGAAGGUAAGAGGGGAGACUUCAGACAGCUACUGACUGGCAUGGCCGACCACAACAUCCACUACUAUGAGAAGGUAAGAGGGGAGACUUCAGACAGCUACUGACUGGCAUGGCCGACCACAACAUCCACUACUAUGAGAAGGUAAGAGGGGAGACUUCAGACAGCUACUGACUGGCAUGGCCGACCACAACAUCCACUACUAUGAGAAGGUAAGAGGGGAGACUUCAGACAGCUACUGACUGGCAUGGCCGACCACAACAUCCACUACUAUGAGAAGGUAAGAGGGGAGACUUCAGACAGCUACUGACUGGCAUGGCCGACCACAACAUCCACUACUAUGAGAAUGUAAGAGGGGAGACUUCAGACAGCUACUCACUGGCAUGGCCGACCACAACAUCCACUACUAUGAGAAGGUAAGAGGGGAGACUUCAGACAGCUACUGACUGGCAUGGCCGACCACAACAUCCACUACUAUGAGAAGGUAAGAGGGGAGACUUCAGACAGCUACUGACUGGCAUGGCCGACCACAACAUCCACUACUAUGAGAAGGUAAUACAGCUACUGACUGGCAUGGCCGACCACAACAUCCACUACUAUGAGAAGGUAAGAGGGGAGACUUCAGACAGCUACUGACUGGCAUGGCCGACCACAACAUCCACUACUAUGAGAAGGUAAGAGGGGAGACUUCAGACAGCUACUGACUGGCAUGGCCGACCACAACAUCCACUACUAUGAGAAUGUAAGAGGGGAGACUUCAGACAGCUACUCACUGGCAUGGCCGACCACAACAUCCACUACUAUGAGAAGGUAAGAGGGGAGACUUCAGACAGCUACUGACUGGCAUGGCCGACCACAACAUCCACUACUAUGAGAAGGUAAGAGGGGAGACUUCAGACAGCUACUGACUGGCAUGGCCGACCACAACAUCCACUACUAUGAGAAGGUAAUACAGCUACUGACUGGCAUGGCCGACCACAACAUCCACUACUAUGAGAAG